AGUUUCGUUUCUCACAGGCCAGCCAACACACCAUUUCUGCAGCCAUGGCAAAAGCCAAGGAAGGAUAUGGAAGGGGUGCGAGCCUGGAGGAUGAACUCAGCUGUCCCAUCUGCCUGUCUCUGUACAGGGACCCAGUGCUGCUGAGCUGUGGGCACAGCUUCUGCAAGCAGUGCAUCCAGAAGGCGCUCAGUGCCCAGCAGCAAUCGAAGGCCACUUACUCCUGCCCUGUAUGUCAGCUCCAGCUGGGGCCCAUCCUGGAUCUGCAGAAGAAUUUCCAGCUGUGCAGCAUUGUGGAGGCAUUUCUGGCCACAACUUCCAAAGAACAACAGGACGAGGGCUCUGCAGAGGAGAAAGAGGUGGUUCCCUGUGACUUCUGCCUGGACUGGUCCCAGCCAGCCGUGAAAACCUGCCUGAACUGCGAUGCGUCCUUGUGCCAGGCCCAUCUGAACAAACACAACGCCAAGGCUUCCCAGCAGGACCAUGUCCUGGUGGAGGUGGGCGCAGGCGGUCUGGUGGAGGAGAGGAAGUGCCUGGAGCAUGGCAGGCUGCUGGAGUGCUACUGCCAGGAUGACAGGCAGUACAUCUGCAUGCUCUGCUCUAUCGCGGGAUGCCACAAGGGCCACAACAUCCUCAGCCUGAAGGAGACACAUGACAGACAGCUGGGUGAACUCAUGGACAUUGUGACAUGGCUGCAGGAAUGUAAAAGCGCUUUAGCUACUGCCCUAGAAGAGCUUCAGGAAACCAAGAAUCAGCUCAAGACUAAUACAGAAACAGUGACUUCUCAGCUGCAAAUGCUGUUUGAAGAGAUGAAGACAGAGAUGACUCAGAAAGAGAAGAAGAUCCUGAGUGACAUUCAAUCCAAUGAGAAAAAACAGCUGGCAUAUAUUACCAAAGUGAAGAAGAAAAUGGAACAGAGGAGACAUAAGGCUGCACAGCAUCUUCAGUCUUUGCAGAAGAUGAAAGAGCAAACGGAUGUUUUCCUCUUUCUCAAAGAAUUUAAACUGGCCAAGGACAGGAUUCGGAGUCAGAAUUUCUGCGUUGAAGGGACAGACAUGGUGGUGGUGCAGCUGGAUCAGGCCAGGAUCGAUUGCUGCCGACGCCUGAUGUGGGACUUCAUGAGUCACCUGGGCUCACUGCUGGAAGAUGUGCACAGUGAACUCACCAACCAAAUUAAGCGGAACAGUGGGGCUUCAGACACUGGUACCUCUUCAAAUUGCUCAACUUUUCUCCCAAUUUUCUCUCCCUCCUCCCCGCCAGCGGUGCAGGGGGACAGGGAACGGGCGCUGCGGUCAGUUCAUCACACGUUGUCUCUGCCGCUCCCUCCUGCUCAGAGGGAGGGCUCCUCACUCUCCCCCUGCUCCAGCGUGGGGUCCCUCCCACAGGAGCCAGACCUCCAGGAACUUCUCGAAGUAGUUCAUGUAGCUGAUGAUGGCUGGAGAGCACAACAGGCAUGUGGUGCAGCACAAAACCAACGAUUGGUGCACUUCAAGUGGCACAUGUAACAAAGUGUAUGGUCCACGUAUGCCCAGAAGUAAGGGAGAGAUGAAAAAAAAGAAGCCAGAACUGAGAUGGAAAGAAAAAGUUAAAUAUUGUCAAAAAUGCCUUCUAAAAAUGGGGACCUGCCAGAUGUCUUGACCUCCCCUGCAUACCUGCAAUUAAAAGCAAUUCUGUAGCAUAUGCAAAUUUGGAAAAGAAGUGCUAAGAAUGAACAU